UGGGUUGGCGGGCUAGUGGGAUGGCAGAUGAGGAAGAGGACCCUACCUUUGAGGAAGAAAAUGAAGAAAUUGGAGGAGGUGCAGAAGGUGGACAGGGUAAAAGAAAGAGACUUUUUUCUAAAGAAUUGCGAUGUAUGAUGUAUGGCUUUGGGGAUGACCAGAAUCCUUAUACUGAGUCAGUGGGUAUGCUUGAAGAUCUUGUCAUAGAGUUUAUCACUGAAAUGACUCACAAGGCAAUGUCCAUUGGAAGACAAGGUCGAGUACAAGUUGAAGAUAUCGUCUUCCUGAUUCGAAAGGACCCAAGGAAGUUUGCCAGGGUCAAAGACUUGCUUACUAUGAAUGAAGAAUUGAAACGAGCUAGAAAAGCAUUUGAUGAAGCAAACUAUGGAUCUUGACACUUUUUGUAGUUUCUGAAAAUUACCAUCUGGGGAUAUCAUAUAUAAUAACUGUAUAUCUUCUAAAGUAAGGCUCUGAUAUCUAGCCAUGGAAAUGAAAGAUGGAGAAACACAAAGUUUUCAGCCUUUAUUUAUUUAUUUUUAUUUUUUGGAGACGGAUUUCACCAUGUUGGCCAGGCUGGUCUCCAACUCCUGACCUCAGGUGAUCCACCCGUCUCAGCUUCCCAAAGUGCUGGGAUUACAGGCAUGAGCCACUGAGCCCAGUCUCAGCCUUUAUUUUUAUGCCUUUGAUUUUAGAGUGAUAUUGGUGUGUUUAAUUACCUGCCUUUGUAUUACCAUAUUUGAUUUACUUCCUGGGUUUUAAUGACCACUCA